GAUUGGUCAAGUGUGUCACUGCCGGGGUGGAAAGAAAAACAGUGAAUGGCUUCAAACCUGCCUGAGAUGUGAAAUGUUUCAGCAGCGUUUUGGCAGACGUGUUUUAUAUUCGACGUGACAUCGAAGAGGACAGGGUUGUGAAGGGGACACGAUGUCGGACGCCGAAAGGUUUCACUGUUCAGAUCAGCUGAAUAAAUUCGAGAGACUGAUUGGCAGGCCGCCGCACGAAGGGCUGCUAGCAGGUCAUCGAAGCCCCCCCGCCCGCAGUGGGCAUCGGUGUGUUGCUGACAACACUAACCUCUACGUGUUUGGAGGCUACAAUCCUGACUAUGAUGAGUCAGGAGGCUCCGAGAACGAAGACUAUCCGCUGUUCCGAGAGCUUUGGAGGUACCACUUCGCCACAGGCUCCUGGCAGCAGAUCCGAACAGAAGGUUACAUGCCAACUGAGCUAGCUUCUAUGUCAGCGGUUUUGCAUGGUAACAACCUCCUGGUGUUUGGCGGAACUGGGAUCCCUUUCGGUGAAAACAACGGCAACGAUGUUCACGUUUGCAAUGUGAAGUACAAGCGAUGGUCGCUGCUCAACUGUCGAGGGAAGAAACCCAAUCGAAUCUACGGACAGGCGAUGGUCAUCAUCAAUGGCUUCCUGUAUGUGUUUGGAGGUACAACUGGUUACAUCUACAGCACAGACCUGCACAGGCUGGACCUGACGACCAGGGAAUGGAUCCACCUUAAACCCAAUAACCCCCCUGAUGACCUUCCCGAAGAACGGUAUAGGCAUGAAAUAGCACAUGAUGGACAAAGGAUAUAUAUUCUUGGAGGAGGAACCUCCUGGACAUCUUAUCCUCUAGACAAGGUACAUGCGUACAAUCUGGAAACCAAUUCUUGGGAGGAGAUUACAACUAAACCUCAUGAAAAAAUUGGUUACCCCGCUCCUCGGCGAUGCCAUAGCUGUGUACAAAUACGUGACGAUGUGUUCAUCUGCGGUGGUUACAACGGGGAAGUGAUACUGGCUGACCUGUGGAAGAUCAACCUGCACACCUUUCAGUGGAAUAAACUACCAGCAGAGAUGCCCGAGCCAGCUUACUUUCACUGUGCUGCUGUAACCCCAGCUGGCUGCAUGUACAUUCAUGGAGGCGUAGUGAACAUCCAUGAGAACAAAAGGACUGGCUCGCUCUUCAAGAUCUGGCUUUCUGUUCCCAGCUUGCUGGAGUUAUGCUGGGAGAAACUCAUCAAGGCCUUUCCCCACCUGGCUUUUCUCCCCACCAUGCAGCUGCUGAACCUGGGCCUCACACAGGAGCUCAUUGAACGCUUGAAAUAGGGAUAGUGGAGCAUAAAACAGAACUUGGAGUUGGGCUGAGGAGGACGGCGAGGACAGGAACGCAGCACAGAAGAAAACCGAGAGAGGACGGGAAAACAACCCUGACGUGAAGUAGCUCCGCCUUAAAACCAAAAACAGAGGGAUGCCUUUUCUUUUUUUCAGUUAUGAUGAAAAUUCUAGCUAAACGUGGACUGUUUUAUGAAUUUUACUCUUGUGCCACCAUUGUUUCUAAGAGCAUUUGGAUUUCUAGCUAAAAUCUCCCACCAAGUAAUGACAAACCUGUACUUUGCCUCAUGACUACUUAAAAAAACUAUUUUUUUUCCCCAUUUUUUUUUUUUGUUUUUUUGAAAUCUGCAUCCUAGUUUUACUAUUUUAAUGCAAAGCAAGAAUAUGUAUAUAUUUUUUUCUGACGGACUAUAUAACAUUUACGAGGACGUUUUUCUCUUGAGCUGGUAUUGCCAUUUGCACAUUUUCCUCCCACAUAUUUGUAGACAUUUACUUAUUUAAAUAGGUUUUACAUGAAAGAGCAAUUAUAAAGUGCCAGAUGGGGAUUUUUGUUUUGCACAUUGUGGGAAAUUUUACACAGUUUUGCUGACAUGGUUCCCUGGCUCAUCAUGGCAGCUUCUUUUCAGUUUAAUUAUGGAAAAUCAAAGAGGACCUUAAAUGUUACGAGUUAACACAAUUGGUCAUUUAAGGGAAUUUUUGUUUUUUUUAAUUUGUCAAAUUAGCCUUAUGUAAUCUGCAAUACACAUCUUAAUAAAAUGUAACUUGUGUUUAAAUGUGUCUAUUGCCCAAAACUAUUUUUCAUACAUGCUGUUCAUCCUGGCUUUGCUAUUCCCUCUUGUGCAUUAAUCAAGUUAUCUUGGCUUGAAAAGCAAAAAUUAGAUUCUCGUUUUUUUCCCCGUUGCUUAAAGCUUUCAUUUCUUAACGGUCACUGUGAAUAUGGUGCUCUUGAAAGUUUUAAAUGAACAGAAAAAAAGUUUCCAGGAUUUGAAGUAGCGCAUUUCCAAACAUUUCUGUAUACGAUUGUGCCUUUUUCACAUUUGUAAAUGGACAUUUUAGAAAUCGAGGUAGAGCUCAUGUUUAGAUUCAGAUUCUAAUUCCAAAAGCUUGUUUUACAGACUCAAAUGUUUCUGGUCAUAAUAGAAUAACCCUAUUAUCAUUGGUCCUGACUGCUUUUCAACUUUUAAAUGGUGCCAAAUAGUUUUAUACAAGGGAAAAAAGAAAAACAUAGGAGUUAGAUGGGAUGUGGUCAGAUAGUUUGAUGCACACAGCUCAACCUGCACUUCAUGUCCGCGGUCCUGCCUUCCAAACCACCUUUUUGCAUGAUGUCAUUUCCUGCUUUUUAAAUCUUCAUUGAAGGAUUUGGUUUCACAACUUGCAAAAUGUUGUAUAGUGUGCUUGUAUGAAUGUUGUGUUACCAGUUCUGUCAAUAAAAGCGUUGUUUAAUUAGUU